AUGCUUCCAAGGGUCAUAUUCUGUAUUGCGGUUUCUUUAGCUGUAAUAGCAGUAGCACUCCUGGCAUUGCUCUCUCCCUUACCGCAUAGAAAGCCGGCCAAGGACUCCAGGCCCUGGUUGGCCUUAUCUCUGUACAUUCAACAGCCCAAAAUCGGUGGCUCAAAUUUGCACUCAGUGGCCCCGUCAGAUGCCGGAGCCCUGGUCUUUCAUCGCACCCUCACAGAGGGACCUGAGAACACUUCCAGGGUGGUUGGAAAAGCUCAAGGCUUCAUAAUUCCCAUUGAUCAUUUCGCCCAUUCACCGUUCAACAUUAUUUACCUCACGUUCAACUCCCACAAGCACUCUGGCAGCCUUAGUAUUCAGGCCAAGGAGUUAGCCAACAAGGAGAACAAGGAGCUGAUGGUUGUUGGUGGAACAGGCUCUUUUGCUUUUGCUCGAGGCCUCGCCAUUUUUGCACAAACAGAUAAGCAGGGAUCAUCUCAUUCAGACGCAACUUAUCAUGUAAAACUGCACUUGAAAUUCCCUAAUCGGUCCCAGAUCAUACCUGGAUGA